UUCAAUUCUAUAGUGUGUUUUAUUGAAAUAAAAUAUAAGAAUUGGCGCAAUCGUAUAUUUUACUUUGCGUGAUUGAUACUAGGUAUUUUCAUUUUGUAAAUUAGUGGCGCAAACGUAUUAAUAUUAUUAUUAGUACAAAUGAGUUGUGGUACAAUAUAGUAUGUUAAAAUAUUUCUCCUACAACUCAACCGUCAUAAUUUUAAUUUAUCAAAAUGUAUAAAAGUAUGACAAUCCUUCUUUCAGUGUAACCUACUUGUCACCAAUAUUAUAAUAACCUUUCACCACCGCUGCAGGUCAAGUGCAAGCAAUACUACGGAAAUAUAUAAGGAAUUUCCCUCCUCAAAAUACGUCCGUAUAACCACACACUUUGCUUAGAUAAAAGUGACAUCUUCAGCACGGGGUUGUAUACUUUAUAAACAAACUUGACAAGUAUUAGUUUCUAUUAUCAGGACAAAUAUUGUUAAAAUGACUUCCAAUGUUAGCAUACCUGUAUGCAAUGAAUCUAAACAUGAAAUAAUUUUUAUUCGCCAAGAAAGCAGAGUUCAGGUGAUUCAUCCAGACGACGAACACGAACCUUUUCUAAAGACAACAUCACCGAAACAAUGUAGAAAGCUAACAUCAUUAAAGGAAAACGAGAAGGACAACGAGAUAAAUACUACAAAAGAGUUAAAAGUUAAUGGAAACGUUGUUAUUUAUAUGCCUCCGAAAGACGAACCAUGUGCAGAAAAUAUGAAAUACCAAAAUGAAAGAGGUUUGGUAACACCGGUAUCGUUUGACCAUGUUGACGGGCCGCAAUUUCCUAAGAAGAAAUCUGCAUCUAAAUGUUCAUGCUUAAAACAAGUUUUUUCAAGGCCCCAGACAUAUGUCAACAUUGCCUUAGCCUUAGCAUGUGCCAUAGCACUUUUAGUAGGAGUAUGGAGCUUUGUGAAGAACACUUUUGACAAUGAUGACACAAGCGACAAAUACUUGUACUGUUAUUCAUGCAGCUCAACAACCAAUAUAAAGGAGAAAUACAGGAAGGGCAACAUGUGCUGCAUUAAAGAACCUAUACAAAAUUUCAAGGAUCAGCAGAACUCUGUUGGAGAUGGACUCGGUUCUCAAGGUAAACAGUCAUAUAAUGGUUCAAGAAUCUUAGAAUUUGAAGCAGAUUUCCAGACAAAUUUGACAAACAAAUUCAUCAGCUGGAAUCCAUCAUCCAAUAUAAAUAAUUCAUUCAUAUCGCACCAGUCCGAUAAAGGACACUUAACACUGACACAUGAUGGUACGUACGUCAUUACAGUUUCCUUGACGACGAAUACAUUUUCUGCAAACACAGAUACUAAAUACAUCCGGAUUAUUGUUUGUUUGGUGUUCGAGACCCACGAAGGUGAGAAAACUGAAGAAUGUCGACCAAUUACGCACACUGAAAUAAUGACCAUUCCUUUCCAAAUAAUCAAAUAUCGAGAAUUACAGAACGGCACAAAGAUAUAUGCAACGAUCAGUAAACUGGGAGUGCUCCAUAAUCAAGAAAGCCACAAUAAACUUUUUAUUGUCAUGCUGUAGUGUAAGACAUCCAAACAGUCUUCCACCAAAAGAUGACUAUAUCUUUAUAUAUAGUUUGCAUGUGUUGCUUGCGAUACUAACACAGACCCAGGUAUUGAAAGACAAACUACUAACAAUUAUAUUGAGUUGACAGGAAAACAGUAUUCAUUGUCGAUAACUCGGAUACGGCGUGUAUAUUCUUUCCAGAAAGAAUUUGAAAAAAAACGUGACAGAUCAAAUUUAGUCAACUCGAACAGAUACUAUUUGUACCUUUUUAUUUCAAAACGUUACAAAUUAUAUAAGUAGUGUGUAGAUUUUUUUCCAAUUUCACUUAUUAAAUAUGGACAUCCAACUGAUUAGUAACAUCAUUUUAAAGAAACAAGUGUAUGCUUAAAAUUCUAAAACUCUUUACAGCCGAUUUCAUUGAGUGUGUAGGGAAAGGUAGAAUCCUUGGUUAGCUUGCUUGUUAGCUGAAUCGUGAAGUCAUUAUUAGGUUAGGUAAACUUCCCUCCUUUAAGAGUAAACUAGUCCGACAGAUAACCAAUCUAUAUGUCUGUACGACUAAACUACUUCGAAAGGAGGGUAGUAUACCUUACCUAAUAAUGACUUCACGGUUCAGCUAACAAGCAAGCUAACAAGCAAGCUAACCAAGGAUUCUACCUUUCCCUACACACUCAAUGAAAUCGGCUGUAAUUUUUAGUUGAGAAAACAUUUUGAAAGAGUAAAAAAAGUUUUUUCAUAAAUUUUCUUUAGGUUUUUAAUUAAGUUUUUUUUUUUUUAAACAAUUGUCAAACUGCUCAAUCGAUUUUACUGAUAACAUUAAAAGAAAUAGCCAUGUUAUUAUUAACUCCUCACAAGUAAACGAUAAUAAUAUAUACCUGUUUUAUAAGGCUUCAAUUUUGUAGUUUACCAACUCAAUGUAUUUUUUGUUGCACGAUUCGAGUGUGUGUGAAAAGGGUUAUACUGAGUAAUUACAAAAUGAAAGAGACGAACACGUGAAAUUAAGGUAUUUUGCUCAUAUAAGUUCAAUUACUUUUUACUUAAAAGUAUGCGAACAUGGAUUCAUUUUGUAAAUUUUGUAUGUUUGGUAAAAUGUCAAAGACGAAACAACAGAGAAUUUGUCUGUGAUACAUGUAUAUUCUAAUUAUCAUUAAACAAGAUGAAUAUGUUUAAAGUGAAAAUGAUUGUUCUGCUUGUAUACAAGAUUAUUGCCAAACUUUGUAGUUUUAGUGUUAUAAAUAUUAAAUUCUGUUGUUAGUAGUCACAUUUGGCUCCUAUGAAUGAUUGAUGGCAGCACGAAUACUCAAAACUAUGCAAUGAAGAUAAUAAUGUUGUUUUUACAACAAAACAUGUCUUUUUAUUGUUUAUUUGUUAGAUUUAUAUUCAUAAAGUCCCUUAUACUGAUACGGCGAUGAUCCGAUUGCUCAGGAACGGCAUAUUUUUUCAUUGAAUUUAUAUUUAUAUCAAUAAAAAUAAAUUUGGUGUAUUUACUGUCUUCUAAUUGGUUAAAAGUAUUACCUUUAUUUUCAAUGUUGUCAAUUUUUAUGGCGACACGCCCACUCUGACGUUGUGUAUUCAUACGCCAACAUGUGUGUACGUUGUUGUUGUUAAUAUAAACAAUAUAAAAAGCCUUUUUUUGAUAGAAAUUUAUUUAUAAUGAAUGGUUAUUAUUUAUUUUGAAUUUAUUGAACCAUAAAAUUGAUUUUUGACUCUUCACAUUUUACAUAAUCCGCUUCGCGGAUUAUUCAAUGUGAAGAGUCAAAAAAUUUUAUGGUUCAAUAAAUUCAAAAUAAAUAAUAGCCAUUCAUUAAGUGAAAUAACGUUUUGUUAAUUUCUCGUGGCACAAGAGAGGCGGAUGAUACCGAAGGGAUAUUCAAACUCAUAAAGUCGAUGGCAAACUGACAUCGCCAUGACAAUAAAGUUAAACGACCAAAAGACAAACAUCAGUAUACAAACCAAAACAUGAAACACUGAUCAACACGAACCCCAUCAAAAACCGGGGGUGAUCUAAGGUGCUCCGUAAGAUGCAAGUAUACGGUUCAUGGUAUACCUUCUAUAGUCGCUUUGAAAUAGUUCCAACUGUCUGGACACGAGGCGAUGUAGAGCUUGACAUAUUGAUGAUAUACUGUUGACAGAUAUUUACCUUUUGAUAGAUUUUUAAUUGCAUGUUUUGAAUUGUAAUAAAUAUAAUAAAACAAAAAAUGUACAUAAAACAAAUCUACUUAAAUAUAUUCUAGAAGACAUUUUUGUCAAACAAUUGUAGAUUAUGCAGUUGUAAUGUAGGCAGGUGAGUAGUAGGCAUUGAGAAAAACAAAAUGGCCAUAUACACAAUACUGUCCGGCAUUUAAACAACAACAACAAGUUAUGUGUAGUUCUGCUUUAAAAAUAUGUAUUAGUUUGAAAAAUCUAGACACAGAAAACAAAUUUAUUUGUUUUUUUUCAUGUGAUCAUGAAGAAAUAUGUAACACUGUGGCUUUGAUUUGUUAUUAAUGUUUUACAAUAAGAAAACAAUUAUUAUAGUUAACUUCAUAUUAUCAUUAUCAUGAUUGUUUCUCUACUUACGUCUCUUUAUAAUCAUUAUAUGUAACAUGCCCUUCAUGGGCCGAUGAUUGGUUUAGUAAAGUAUUCGUAUUCGCAUUUGCAUACUAAACAAUAGCACGUGAAAAUACAUUCAAGAAAACUGUUUAUUUUCACUAGUUUAUUGUCAAAUAGUUCAUUGUUAUAAUUAACACUAAUUAUAAACGCCUGGAGUAUGUCAGUUAUUUAUGAAGUUUAAGGCAUUCAUCUUUCACAUUCCACAAAUAUCCCAUUUUAUGUCUUAAUACUGUAAAAGAACUAGUCUCAAUAUUAAAAUUAUAUCUGAUAUCUCUUUCAUGUUCAUGUUUUGUUGUACUCAAAUGUGUGUUGUAAAUAGACUUUGUGUAAAACAACGUUUUCAGAGGCAGGCCUCUAAACCUUCCAUGAGUCAUCUUUAAAUUCGUAUACUGAUGAAUUCACUAUUUUCAAUAUCCUUACUUUUUAUUUAUGAAAUUUUACAUGUGUUAAUAUUAUAUGUUAUAAUGCAGUAUUGUUUUGUAUAAGUAUGCGAUACUAAAUUAUUUUUUUUAAUAAAAUAUGUUUCAAAACAAA